CUGCAGUAUAGUGGUGUGAUCUUAUAAAAAACCAAAUGAAAAAAUAAAAAUUAUAACAGUUACAGCCAAAAACUCAACAUGAAUGUCUUAGACUUUCUAUUAGUGAUUUUGCUUGUUGGGGCAAACAUUGUGGGCUUACAAUCGGCCACAAGCUCAACGACUUUACCAACUGGAUCGCUGGACUCAACCUUAUCUACAAGUACUUCGAAAGAAACAUUUACAGAAAGUUCACCAGAUUCAACAUUAUCAACUACUCUUGAAACAACUGCAGAUAGUACAUCAGACUCAACGUUGUCAACUUCACCUGAAACAUCUACAGAUAGUUCAAGAGAAACGUCUACAGAUGGUAGUUCCGAAUCAUCUACGGAUAGUACAUCAGAAACAUCUACAGAUAGUAGUUCAGAAUCAUCUACAGAUAGUACAUCAGAAACAUCUACGGAUAGUACAUCAGAAACAUCUACAGAUAGUACUUCAGAAACAUCCACGGAUAGUACAUCAGAAACAUCUACGGAUAGCACAUCAGAAACAUCUACCGAUAGUACUUCAGAAACAUCUACGGAUAGUACUUCUGAAAUAUCUACGGAUAGUACAUCAGAAACAUCUACAGAUAGCACAUCAGAAACAUCUACGGAUAGUACCUCUGAAAUAUCUACGGAUAGUACAUCUGAAACAUCUACAGAUAGUACAUCAGAAACAUCUACAGAUAGUACUUCAGAAACCUCUACGGAUAGUACUUCAGAAACAUCUACAGAUAGUACUUCAGAAACAUCUACGGAUAGUACAUCAGAAACAUCUACGGAUAGUACAUCUGAAACAUCUACCGAUAGUACUUCAGAAACAUCUACAGAUAGUACUUCAGAAACAUCUACAGAUAGUUCAUCAGAAACAUCUACGGAUAGUACUUCGGAAACAUCUACAGAUAGUACUUCAGAAAUAUCUACAGAUAGUACAUCUGAAACAUCUACUGAUAGUACAUCAGAAACAUCUACAGAUAGUACUUCAGAAACAUCUACAGAUAAUACAUCAGAAACAUCCACGGAUAGUACUUCAGAAACAGCUACAGAUAGUACUUCAGAAACAUCUACAGAUAGUACUUCAGAAACAUCUACAGAUAGUACAUCAGAAACAUCUACGGAUAGUACAUCUGAAACAUCUACCGAUAGUACAUCAGAAACAUCUACGGAUAGUACUUCAGAAACAUCUACAGAUAGUACAUCAGAAAUAUCUACGGAUAGUACUUCAGAAACAUCUACAGAUAGUACUUCAGAAAUAACUACGGAUAGUACAUCUGAAAUAUCUACGGAUAGUACAUCUGAAACAUCUACUGAUAGUACAUCAGAAACAUCUACGGAUAGUACUUCAGAAACAUCUACAGAUAGUACAUCAGAAACAUCUACGGAUAGUACAUCUGAAACAUCUACCGAUAGUACAUCAGAAACAUCUACGGAUAGUACUUCAGAAACAUCUACGGAUAGUACAUCUGAAACAUCUACUGAUAGUACUUCAGAAACAUCUACAGAUAGUACUUCAGAAACAUCUACUGAUAGUACUUCAGAAACAUCUACGGAUAGUACUUCAGAAACAUCUACUGAUAGUACUUCAGAAACAUCUACAGAUAGUACUUCAGAAACAUCUACAGAUAGUACUUCAGAAACAUCUACAGAUAGUACAUCUGAAACAUCUACGGAUAGUACUUCAGAAACAUCUACGGAUAGUACAUCAGAAACAUCUACAGAUAGUACUUCAGAAACAUCUACAGAUAGUACUUCAGAAACAUCUACAGAUAGUACAUCUGAAACAUCUACUGAUAGUACUUCAGAAACAUCUACCGAUAGUACUUCAGAAACAUCUACAGAUAGUACAUCUGAAACAUCUACUGAUAGUACAUCAGAAACAUCUACGGAUAGUACUUCAGAAACAUCUACAGAUAGUACAUCAGAAACAUCUACAGAUAGUACUUCAGAAACAUCCACAGAUAGUACUUCAGAAACAUCUACGGAUAGUACUUCAGAAACAUCUACUGAUAGUACUUCAGAAACAUCUACAGAUAGUACUUCAGAAACAUCUACAGAUAGUACAUCAGAAACAUCUACGGAUAGUACUUCAGAAACAUCUACAGAUAGUACUUCAGAAACAUCUACCGAUAGUACAUCAGAAACACCAACGGAUAGUACUUCAGAAACAUCUACAGAUAGUACAUCAGAAACAUCUACGGAUAGUACUUCAGAAACAUCUACAGAUAGUACAUCUGAAACAUCUACUGAUAGUACUUCAGAAACAUCUACCGAUAGUACUUCAGAAACAUCUACUGAUAGUACAUCAGAAACAUAUACGGAUAGUACUUCAGAAACACCUACGGAUAGUACAUCAGAAACAUCUACGGAUAGUACUUCAGAAACAUCUACCGAUAGUACAUCAGAAACAUCUACGGAUAGUACUUCAGAAACAUCUACGGAUAGUACAUCUGAAACAUCUACUGAUAGUACUUCAGAAAUAUCUACAGAUAGUACAUCUGAAACAUCUACUGAUAGUACUUCAGAAACAUCCACAGAUAGUACUUCAGAAACAUCUACGGAUAGUACUUCAGAAACAUCUACUGAUAGUACUUCAGAAACAUCUACAGAUAGUACUUCAGAAACAUCUACAGAUAGUACAUCAGAAACAUCUACGGAUAGUACUUCAGAAACAUCUACUGAUAGUACAUCAGAAACAUCUACGGAUAGUACAUCAGAAACAUCUACAGAUAGUACUUCAGAAACAUCUACCGAUAGUACAUCAGGAACACCAACGGAUAGUACUUCAGAAACAUCUACAGAUAGUACAUCAGAAACAUCUACGGAUAGUACUUCAGAAACAUCUACAGAUAGUACAUCUGAAACAUCUACUGAUAGUACUUCAGAAACAUCUACCGAUAGUACUUCAGAAACAUCUACUGAUAGUACAUCAGAAACAUCUACGGAUAGUACUUCAGAAACACCUACGGAUAGUACAUCAGAAACAUCUACGGAUAGUACUUCAGAAACAUCUACAGAUAGUACAUCAGAAACAUCUACGGAUAGUACAUCUGAAACAUCUACCGAUAGUACAUCAGAAACAUCUACGGAUAGUACUUCAGAAACAUCUACGGAUAGUACAUCUGAAACAUCUACUGAUAGUACUUCAGAAACAUCUACAGAUAGUACUUCAGAAACAUCUACUGAUAGUACUUCAGAAACAUCUACGGAUAGUACUUCAGAAACAUCUACUGAUAGUACUUCAGAAACAUCUACAGAUAGUACAUCAGAAACAUCUGCCGAUAGUACUUCAGAAACAUCUACGGAUAGUACAUCUGAAACAUCUACCGAUAGUACAUCUGAAACAUCUACCGUUAGUACCUCAGAAACAUCCACCGAUAGUACAUCACAAACAUCUACGGAUAGUACAUCAGAAACAUCUACGGAUAGUACUUCAGAAAUAUCUACAGAUAGUACAUCUGAAACAUCUACUGAUAGUACUUCAGAAACAUCCACAGAUAGUACUUCAGAAACAUCUACGGAUAGUACUUCAGAAACAUCUACUGAUAGUACUUCAGAAACAUCUACAGAUAGUACUUCAGAAACAUCUACAGAUAGUACAUCAGAAACAUCUACGGAUAGUACUUCAGAAACAUCUACUGAUAGUACAUCAGAAACAUCUACGGAUAGUACAUCAGAAACAUCUACAGAUAGUACUUCAGAAACAUCUACCGAUAGUACAUCAGGAACACCAACGGAUAGUACUUCAGAAACAUCUACAGAUAGUACAUCAGAAACAUCUACGGAUAGUACUUCAGAAACAUCUACAGAUAGUACAUCUGAAACAUCUACUGAUAGUACUUCAGAAACAUCUACCGAUAGUACUUCAGAAACAUCUACUGAUAGUACAUCAGAAACAUCUACGGAUAGUACUUCAGAAACACCUACGGAUAGUACAUCAGAAACAUCUACGGAUAGUACUUCAGAAACAUCUACAGAUAGUACAUCAGAAACAUCUACGGAUAGUACAUCUGAAACAUCUACCGAUAGUACAUCAGAAACAUCUACGGAUAGUACUUCAGAAACAUCUACGGAUAGUACAUCUGAAACAUCUACUGAUAGUACUUCAGAAACAUCUACAGAUAGUACUUCAGAAACAUCUACUGAUAGUACUUCAGAAACAUCUACGGAUAGUACUUCAGAAACAUCUACUGAUAGUACUUCAGAAACAUCUACAGAUAGUACAUCAGAAACAUCUGCCGAUAGUACUUCAGAAACAUCUACGGAUAGUACAUCUGAAACAUCUACCGAUAGUACAUCUGAAACAUCUACCGUUAGUACCUCAGAAACAUCCACCGAUAGUACAUCACAAACAUCUACGGAUAGUACAUCAGAAACAUCUACGGAUAGUACUUCUGAAAUAUCUACGGAUAGUACAUCUGAAACAUCUACGGAUAGUACAUCAGAAACAUCUACGGAUAGUACAUCAGAAACAUCUACGGAUAGUACUUCAGCAACAUCUACAGAUAGUACAUCAGAAACAUCUACGGAUAGUACUUCAGAAACAUCUACAGAUAGUACAUCUGAAACAUCUACUGAUAGUACUUCAGAAACAUCUACCGAUAGUACUUCAGAAACAUCUACUGAUAGUACCUCAGAAACAUCUACCGAUAGUACAUCAGAAACGUCUACGGAUAGUACUUCCGAAACAUCUACGGAUAGUACAUCAGACUCAACAUCUACAGAUAGUACAGAAGGUUCAACAUUGUCUUCGUCGACUGAAGCUGACACAACCACCACCGCUGAUACUACCCUUACCACUACACCCACGACUACACCUAUCACCACCCCUGAUACGACCACACCUACCACCAUGCCUACUACCACUCCAACGACUAAGCCCACAACAACGCCUUUUCCCACUACUACCACACCAAGCACACCAGCAUGUACCGUACCACCGCCUGAAUGUUAUCGAAAUGGAAAUGGCUUUUGUCGUUUCUUCAACACAGCCUGUGACGCAUCCAAUUUUAAUAGCUGUUCCGUACAAAAUAGCGCUAUGGAAUGGAAGAGCACAACAAGUGAUGAUUGUGAUCGUCGUGAAGGAGAUCAAGUUAAAGUUUGCUAUACUGAUUGUUCGUACUAUUCAACAGUUGAUUGUACUGCUACUCCCUCUACUCCUGUCUGUGCCACCAGCAAAGAUAUGCAAAAGUGUAGAAAGUUUGCCAGUCUGUGCGCAAUGAAGAAAGUUUCAUGCAACAAUCCAACAUUAUUAGAUUGGCGUGUGUCAACGGAUGCAUCUAAAUGCGAUGGCCUAGGAGUAAAUGCUCCUGCCGUAUCCUGCACUGUGACGAAUUAGCCGUUUUAUAUACAAACGUAAAUUUUUUUUUUGAUUUAUUAACAAUUUUAAUUUAUGUUUUUUAGGUACUACUUAUACUUAUGUAUUAUUUUUAAUAUGACUAAAAUAAUUAUUUGUAUUCACUUGUUUUUUUUAUUGCAAUCUGGGCAUUAUUCGAUAUUUGUAAGUC